ACCACGGCUGAAACCAUGUCUUUGUCUGAAUGCAGUUGUAUUGACCCUCUGGGCAGAAUUAUCUUGGUUUUAAAGCUUUCAUUGUCUACGUUGAGUUUGUGCUCUGAAAAUUAGAGCCUAACAACCUGAAACACGACACUUCACAAACAUGCCGCAAUGCCAUGGCAUGCGACCACUCUCCCCACCCAGCCGUGCCUGCCAGACCUGGUAUGCAGACAGCUGUCCUACGACGACAGCGCACAUACACGCCUCGCUGGGGCAAAUUAAAACUUUAAAGAGCUCCAACAGGACAGCUGUGUGUGAGAGUGUGUGUGGUGUGGUGUUCAUUUCCCUGUCCACUUACCAGCUCUCUCAUUUCACUAGUAGAGGACUGAGGGAUUCAAGGACAUCUUCCCAUCCAGCGCUGCCAGACAGCCACAGAGCAGUACUACUGUAGACAGCCUGUAUCAAUAUCAAUUCAGCUGAGGUGUGAUUAUUGCUGGUUGAUCAGAUCAACCUAUCAUCUGCACCAGAUACCCAACACCCAGUGAGUCGGUGUUGCUGUAGUUAGCCACCAUGGGAGCCUACAUUGCCAAGAUGCUGCUGCCCACUGUUAGUAGCCUGGUGUUCCUGCCUGCAGCCAGCGUGGCCACCAAGAGAGGAUUCCACAUGGAGGCCAUGGUCUACUUCUUCACCAUGUUCUUCACCACGAUUUACCAUGCGUGUGAUGGGCCAGGCCUCUCCAUCAUAUGUUUCAUGAAGUAUGAGAUCCUGGAGUACUUCAGCGUGUACGGAACAGCCAUCUCGAUCUGGGUCACUCUGAUAGCUUUAGGGGAUUUUGAUGAGCCAAAGCGUUCUACUCUGACCAUGUUUGGGGUUUUGACCUGUGCUGUGAGGAUCUACCAGGACCGCUGGGGCUAUGGGAUCUACUCUGGACCAAUAGGAUCAGCAGUAUUCAUAAUCACUGUCAAAUGGUUACAGAAAAUGAAAGAGACAAGGGGCCUCUACCCCGAGAAGAGAGUAUAUACUCAACAGGUGGGACCAGGAUGCUGCUUCGGUGCCCUGGCUCUGAUGCUCCGCUUCUACUUCGAGGAGUGGGACUACGCCUAUGUCCACAGUUUCUACCACCUGUCUAUGGCGGUGUCCUUCGUGUUGCUGCUACCCAAAAAGAACCGCUACGCGGGGACCGACGGCAACCCCGCCAAGCUCAGCUGCUACACGCUCCUCUGCUGCACACCUUUUCCUGCUUCUACGAAGGAGAAGAAGGACAAGAAGAAGACCCCGUCUCGAAACAUUUGGACCAUUCCCACUGAGCGGCCUUGGACACGGGCCUGCAACUCACCAACUCUCCCUCUGUACAACCCACCUAGUACACCUGUUAAGAAAGCACUGGACAUCACUACAUCUGUUAAGAAAGGAUGGGAGAUCAUCAACACUACACCUGUUAAGAAAGGAUGGGAGAUCAUCAACACUACACCUGUUAAGAAAGCAUUGGACAUCAACACUACACCUGUUAAGAAAGCACUGGACAUCAACACUACACCUGUUAAGAAAGCAUUGGACAUCAACACUACACCUGUUAAGAAAGCACUGGACAUCAACACUACACCUGAUAAGAAAGCAUUGGACAUCAACACUACACCUGUUAAGAAAGCACUGGACAUCAACACUACACCUGAUAAGAAAGCAUUGGACAUCAACACUACACCUGAUAAGAAAGCACUGGAUUUCACUACGCCUGUUAAGAAAGGAUGGGAGAUCAUAAGUACUACACCUGUUAAGAAAGGACUGGACAACAGCACUAAAACUGUUAAGAGAGCACUGGACUUCAGCAGCAUUAAACCAGUUGAGAAGGGACUGGACAUCAGACUAGAUAUUAGCAGCACUAAACCUGUUCACAAAGGACUGGACAUCAGCAAGCUCAAAGAACAGAAUGGGUGGAAGUGACCCCACAAGACAGAUAAACUUUUAUGAGUCAGUUGGUCUUGGUGAUGUCCAGGGAGAAAGCAAAUAGAGAGAGAACGAUGUCAUACAAGACGGGGUUACAGGAACACAGACAUCAUCCACGAAGGUCAAGCCCUGGCCUGUGCCCCCAGGGAGACAAAGAGUAUGGCUGUCUCUUCUGUCUGUACAGAAAACAGGAGAGAAGCCCUUUACUUCAAAACAUGAGGAGAGUGACAGGGAGAAGGGUUCCUGAGGCAAGCCAGUAAAACUGACUGGAAAAUUUGUGAGUAGCACAGGCGGCAGACAUUUUUUCUCUCCAAGAUGAAUAAAUUGUCUUUCAAAUGUUUCUCAGGAGGGACCUUUCGUCUGCUGCUCUCUCUCUCUGAGAAAGGAACUAUGCAGUUAAAUUCAGUUAUGAAAAUUACAAGAUUGUAAAAGCACAUUUUACUCGCUUUAUAUAUCCCCUAGGUGCCAAACAUGUCAUCUGGUGCAUCAGACAUUUGAGUGCAGCAGAAUCCGGUCCAGACACUAGACUGUAAACCAACUGCAGUGUUUUAGAAUGUUUAGAAUGAGGUGGCAGGUAUUUAUUCCAAUAUAUUGAGUGACCAAGCAACUUCGACUUUGUAUCCUUCCUUUUCAGCCUCACUCUCGCUAAGCGUUUUCAUGAUGAACUUUACAUAAUGCUUAUUUAUUGCAAUGGGAAGGGUUUUAUUUAACCAUGACGGUUUCACUAUAAUGUAUGUAAUUAUUUUACAAAUAAAUAUUUG